UUAUUAUUGAUCAUGUCGGUUAACGAAGCUAACCCAUCUGAGCUUGAACUAUCGAAACAGCGUAUCGCUGAACUUGAGGCUGAGAACGUAAAUCUUAGAAGAAAGCUUUCAGUGUCUGAUGCUGAAAUAGCUGAACUUAAGCGCAGUAAUAACGAAUUUCUAAGAGCGAAUAAGGAAUAUAACGAGAGGCGUGAUGCUGAAAAUGCCAAACUCAAGGCCAGAAUCGAGGAGCUGGAAUCUGAGAAUAUUGAAGUUAGAGAUAGACUCACGAAAGUGGAACAGAAGCAGUCGCAAAAUGAUAAUACUCCUAAUAACAUCUUAUCUAACUUCAAUUCGGGUGCGGUCCAUCAUGAAAAACCGUUAGAGGAGAAAGAGAUGGAUAAUUUCUUGCUUGAGGCUCAUAAGAAAAUCGUUAGUAGUGAAAUAAAGCAACGCAAUAAGGAAAAGAAGCUUCUUACUGAAAGCAUGUCAUCUUCGGUACAAGAGGUUGCGAAGUAA